ACCCUACCAAAACCUUCGAGAUUUAGAGAAGCUUCUCUCUCUAUGGCAGCUGCGAAUUUCUUCUUCUCCAAGCCAAUCUCUUCUACAUAAUUCGUUAUAGCAUUCUCGAAUCCGGAAGAACCCUAAGUCUCGUCCUCAUGGCUCAGAAAUGUGCGAUUGGUUUUAUCUCAGCUAUAGCAGCCGCUUCGUCUUCUUUUUCGAAAUCGAAAGUCGCUGCUGCCGAUGGUCCUCCUCCACAGCAUCAGGCUGCUUCUGCUCCUGAAUCUUCUGCUCCUCCGCGAGCUAGGAAUGAUAAUCCGAGGACGAGCUCCGGCGGUUUCGAUCCGGAGGCGCUGGAGCGAGGAGCUAAUGCCUUGAAGGAGAUUAACAGCUCCUCUUACGCCAAACAGGUUUUUGAAGGUAUUAAGCAGAAAGAAGAGACAAAGCAAACUGAGUUUGCAGCCAAGGGGCAAGAGUAUAAAGCUAUGCAAGCCCAAGCUGAAACUGAGAGGCAAAAGGUGAUAUAUGAUGAACAGAAGAAACUUGCUCAGCACCAAGCACAGACUAAAUCUCAGAUGGCUCGUUACGAAGAUGAUUUGGCUAGAAAGAGGAUGCAGGCUGAGAAUGAGUAUCACAGAACAAGAAAUCAAGAACUUGUGAAAAUGCAAGAAGAUUCGGCAAUCAGGCAGGAGCAAUCUCGGCGAGCUACUGAGGAGCAGAUCCAGGCACAGAGGCGACAGACUGAGAGGGAGAAGGCUGAGAUUGAGCGCGAGACAAUCAGGGUCAAAUCCAUAGCGGAAGCGGAAGGAAGAGCCCAUGAAGCAAGGCUUGCUGAAGAUGUAAACAGGAGAAUGCUUGUUGAUCGUGCAAAUGCAGAGAGAGAGAAAUGGGUUGCUGCCAUUAACACUACAUUCGAACAUAUUGGAGGCGGGUUGCGUGCAAUUCUUACGGAUCAAAAUAAACUGAUUGUUGCUGUUGGGGGAGCCACCGCUCUCGCUGCUGGAAUCUACACAACGAGAGAAGGUGCAAGGGUCAUCUGGAGCUAUGUAGACAGAAUAUUAGGACAACCAUCCUUAAUCCGAGAAUCUUCAAGGGGAAAGUACCCUUGGUCUGGCUCGGUUUCUCGUGCAUUGUCCACACUGCGCGGAAAGGGGUCAGCUAUCAAAAAUGGAAAAGGGUUUGGUGAUGUUAUCUUGCAUCCUUCCCUACAGAAGAGAAUUGAACACCUAGCUAAGGCAACCGCCAACACAAAAUCGCACCAAGCACCAUUCCGAAACAUGCUUUUCUAUGGUCCUCCGGGAACAGGAAAAACAAUGGUCGCCAGAGAGCUGGCUCGUAAAUCUGGAUUGGAUUAUGCACUGAUGACUGGUGGAGAUGUUGCACCCCUUGGAUCUCAGGCUGUUACAAAGAUUCACCAACUGUUUGAUUGGGGGAAGAAGUCUAAGAGAGGCUUAUUGCUCUUCAUUGAUGAAGCCGAUGCAUUUUUAUGCGAGAGGAACAAAACAUACAUGAGUGAAGCCCAAAGGAGUGCACUAAACGCCCUUCUCUUCCGCACGGGUGAUCAGUCCAAAGACAUAGUCUUAGCACUUGCCACAAAUCGACCAGGUGACCUAGACUCAGCUGUGGCUGACCGUGUGGAUGAGGUUCUCGAAUUCCCUUUACCCGGAGAAGGAGAGCGGUCCAAGCUUCUAAGCCUAUAUCUAGAAAAGUACAUAGCUCAAGCUGGUCCGACAAAGCCAGGUUUAUUCGACCGCCUCUUCAAGAAAGAGCAGCAGAAGAUCGAGAUAAAGGGUGUCACCGAAGAGCUUUUAGAGGAAGCGGCUGCCAAAACCGAUGGGUUCUCAGGGAGAGAGAUUGCGAAGCUGAUGGCGAGUGUUCAAGCAGCUGUUUAUGGAAGUGAAGACUGUGUGUUGGACUCUGUGCUGUUCAGAGAGGUUGUGGAUUACAAAGUUGCAGAGCAUCAGCAGAGAAGAAAACUGGCUGGAACAGAUACGGAAUGAGAUUUUACAUACGGUAUAAGCUCUGAUCAAGUGGUUUCACCAUCACAACAUUGUUUAGAGGAGGAGAUUUGAAUCCUACUGUUAGUCCUUUUUGGUUAAGGAGAGUUUUUGUACUCUUACUGCGUUAAAUUAUUUGCUCUUGGCAAAGCCCAAACUAUAAUUAAAAUAAAAACGAGAUUCUUUA